AUGAAUUUCGAUCAGCUUACAGACGAGCAGAAGCAACAGCUUUAUUUGCAACAUUUGCAACAACAACAGCAGUUACAGCAACAGCAACAGCAGCUACAACAACAGCAGCACCAGUUACAACAGCAACAGCAAAGUUAUCAUCUACAGCAACAACAAGCAGCAUAUCAACAACAAAACCAAGCACAGUUACAACAAGAUGAUAGUUACAUGGAUGAAGAUACGUCGGAACUCAUUAAUCAACCACCAGUUCAAUUAGAUCAUGGAUCUCCUAUUAGACAACAGCCGCAAAUGUCGGCAUUCAUGCCAUCACCUCGAUUUGCUCAGCUGGAAAGUUUUGAUAAUCAUCUUAAUGUUGACCCUAACAAUACUGAACGAUUCACAUCGAUGGAUUCUAUGAAUUUCCAACCACCAGCAUCGACUUUCACUCAGUUGGGUAAUGGUAGUAGUACUAAUCUUUCUGAAAUAAGCAGUGGCCAAAACUCGUUGUUGUCAAACCAUUCUGUCAACAACUUGCCAACAGCAUUAACUAGUGAUACAUCACCUCCAGUUCAACAACAUCCACAAUUCCAACCACAACAGCAGCAGCAACAACAACAGCCACAACAGCAGCAAAUAUUCCAGCAGCAGCAGCAACAACAACAACAGCAACAACAGCCGCAACAGAGUCGAGCAGUUGUUAAUCAACUGGUGUCAACUGAAGCAGCCAAUUCCGAUAUGACUGGGUCAAAUACCAAGUAUGUUUAUUUCGAAAGAAAGCCAAAUUUGUUAUCAAAGACUACUCAAGAUAAAGCAGCUUCAAUUAAAUUGACAUUAGAAAAUUAUUAUACUCUGUCAGUGAGCCAUGCCAUUGAGAGAAAUCAAAGACGAUUGGAGUUAGAAAAUAAAAUUGCCAAUGAAGAUAUUGGAUCUUCAGAAGAACGUAAGAAUCGUCAAUUACAAAAUUUAGGGAAAAAGGAAUCACAAUUUUUACGAUUGAAACGAACAAAAUUGGCAUUAGAAGAUUUCCAUACCGUCAAAGUCAUUGGUAAAGGUGCUUUUGGUGAAGUUAGAUUAGUGCAAAAGAAAGAUACUGGGAAAAUAUAUGCUAUGAAAACAUUAUUAAAAUCAGAAAUGUUUAACAAGGAUCAAUUGGCGCAUGUCAAAGCAGAAAGAGAUGUUUUGGCAGGUAGUGAUUCUCCUUGGAUUGUUGCAUUAUACUAUUCUUUCCAAGAUUCACAAUAUUUGUAUUUGAUAAUGGAAUUUUUGCCUGGUGGUGAUUUGAUGACUAUGUUAAUACGUUGGGAAGUAUUUACUGAAGAUAUCACAAGAUUCUAUAUAGCUGAAUGUGUUUUAGCCAUUGAAGCCAUUCAUAAAUUAGGAUUUAUUCAUCGUGAUAUCAAACCGGAUAAUAUUUUAAUCGAUAAUCGUGGUCAUGUCAAAUUGAGUGAUUUUGGAUUAUCUACUGGAUUCCAUAAAACUCAUGACUCAAAUUACUACAAUAAAUUAUUAGAAAAGGAACCUUCAAACACUCAUUUACAACCUAACCAAUUAACAAGUGGAAGAAACUCGGUGAUGGUGGACGCCAUUCAUUUAACUAUGUCCAAUAGACAAACCAUGCAAACAUGGAGAAAAUCACGUAGAUUGAUGGCGUAUUCCACUGUUGGUACUCCUGAUUAUAUUGCUCCGGAAAUUUUCAUUCAUCAAGGUUAUGGACAAGAAUGUGAUUGGUGGUCAUUGGGGGCCAUUAUGUUUGAAUGUUUGAUUGGUUGGCCACCGUUUUGUUCAGAAAAUCCUCAUGACACAUAUAGAAAAAUCUUGAAUUGGCAAGAAAGUUUCCAAAUUCCUGAAGAUGUUCAUUUAUCACCAGAAGCUGAAGAUUUAAUCAAAAGAUUUUUAACUUCUGCUGAAAAUAGAAUCGGUAGAUAUGGUGGUGCUGAAGAAAUCAAACAACAUCCAUUUUUCAGAGGAGUUGACUGGGAUAGUAUAAGGGAUGUUCAAGCACCAUUUGUACCUCGAUUGAGUUCAAUGACUGAUACUAGACAUUUCCCUACUGAUGAUUUGGCCAGUGUUCCUGAUAAUCCAGCUAUGAGUAAAGCUAUGGAACAACGUGAAUUGGAUGCUAAGAAUGGAGGCGGCAGAAAGAAUCCAAAGGAAGAUUUACCAUUUAUUGGAUACACUUAUUCUAGAUUUGAUUAUUUGACAAGAAAGAAUGCGUUAUAG